AUGGGACCACCCUGUCACCACCCUGUCAACAAUGUGAGGAAUUCAGACGUCACAUUCGCACAACAAAGGGACCAGUAUCAGAAACAAAAGGAUUCGUAUCAGAAACAAAGACCCGUAUCAGAAUCGAAAAGACGCGUAUCAGAAACAGACACGAGUAAGGGUACACCCCGAGCGGGGACGAAAAGCUACCGGGCGCAGUCUCAGUCUCCGCCGAGGGCUUAUCACAAUGGGUACGGCGGCUCUCCCACAUACGGGGACGGGGCGAGGGAGCGAACCUACAGUUACACGAAAUUCUUCGACAAGGCAAGCAGUUUUGCUGAUAAAGGGUUUGGUGGGAAUUUUGCGGGCACGGGGAGGGUGUUUGGAGAAGGACUGUCGGCAGGGUCUUCGGCUUAUGAGAAAAGACGAAGUCGAAGCAAGAGUAGGUCCCGCACGAAAACAACCGCUGAUGGAGAAAUGAUUGAUGAAAUCAUCACAGGAGAAGACGGGGUGUUCGACGGGUCACCACAGCCAGAAGACGAUAUCGACGUUGACUUGGUAAAGCCAGCCUUUGCCCUGAGAGGUUUAAACAACAAGCUUGCCGCACAUAUGGACAGGAUGAAAAUCCUGGAAGAGGAAAACAGUUUCUUGAGAAAACAGAUCGACGUCUUGACACAUUCAGACUCUGCACUUGGAGAGGCCAGAAGGCAGAUGGAGAAAUUGAUUGCAGAGAAGAAGAAACUGGAAGACCAACUUGCAGCUCAGAAGAACGAUAUUGAGAAGAAUAAAGAAAACGUGGCCAUACACAUUGACAAGCUUCGAGCCGUACAGCAACAAAACAGAGAGCUGGCCGCCAAGACAAAGAACUUCGCAAAGGCCAUUGAGCUGGAGAGAGAGGAAUCUGGAAGUAAAAUAGCAAAGCUCGAGGACGAAAUAAAAGCGCUGAAAAGGAUGAAAUACGAAUGGUCCAUUGAGGAAGACACACUUACGAAGGAAAACAAAGAAUCCACUUCAAAGAUUGCACAACUGGAAGAAGAGAUCGGUAGGUUAAAAAGUGAUUUGGACGAGCGAAAUGUACAAAUCAACCAACUGUUGACGGACAACCAAAAUAUGAAAAUAGAGCAAGAGAACAGCAAAGCAGAGCGAGACAAAUUUAUGAGUGAGCAAGAACAGUUAAAGGACGAACAGCAGAAGUUGAAGACGGAGAUGGAAGAAAGCGAGUUAGAGAAAGCGAAAGAGGAAGACGCUCAGAGUAAGAUAAAGACGAUGGAAGAAGAGUACAUGAAGCUGAAGAUGGCCAUUGACCAAGUCGAGAAGACGGUGGCACCUCGGCUGAGGCACGCGAAGGAGCAGUGCGACAGGGUGAUGAAGGAAAAGGGAGAGCUGGAGAAGGAGCUCAGCGAAGUAGAGAAGAAGAGUCAAUCAACUGGGGCAGGCAAGUUGUGUUCUAACUGUGUUCAGCUGGACGUUUUGCUUGAAUGCGAGUACCUAACUCUUGCCAUAGGCUCUGUGGAUCAGGCAUCUAGUCAAAUCAUGGAGUGGUGGCACUCUAAUGAGUUCCAGGUUACUAGGCCGGCGGCACCACCACCAUAUCCAGGUGUACCAGGUGUGUCACUUUCUCCCAUGUCUGGACGACGCCUGUCUCUUGGGUCAUCAACAGAGACCAAGUAUAGUCAAAACACAAGACGUCUGUCUCAACCGGCAAUGACACGUACACAGUCACUGCAGUCUCUUUGCGAAGCCACGGAUGAAGAACAGGUGGGUGAGAGUAAACCGCAGGUCACGCAUCACAUAAGUCGCUUGAGGGAACGCUUACAACAUGGUAGAGAGUUGUUUCGCGGUAAUAGGGCUACCUCGUCUGAACCACGUACAGACGCUGAGGAAAAUGGAAAGCGUGACGAAAAUUCAGACGAUAAGACGAGAUCGUAUUCCCAACCAACAACUAUUAAUGAGGCAAACAUCCUACAAAAUAGACCAGUGCAGCAAGCCCGGCCAUUGGCUCCUCUUUCCAAAGCAGGCCACAUACCAAAAUACCAGCAGCAGGCCAACAACAAAGCUGCAGCAACGUGCAAUUACAAUAGAGAGAAGCCGGGAAACUCUUCUGCAGCCCACCAUGCAGUUAGUUUUCGAGAACAGCUAAAACAAGGUCGAAAGCCGAAGAGCGCCCAGUCUGCUUCGUCUCCAUCUCAAUCAUACGACCUUGGUCAGAAUGUCAACCCAGAGACUACAAGUACAUCAUUACAAGAAUCAGAGAAAGCCAUGAAACACAUGGAAGCAGCGAUGCAACAAACCAAAGGCAUUAAAAACCUUACCGACUCACGCAAGUUUACAGGUUAUAACCUACAAAAGGAAACGAGCCAUCAAGACACUCAGAAACUGCAUGUUUCAAUGCAUGUAGCUGAGGCGAUUGACCAGUCUCAUACACGACGUGUUAAAAACAUAAACGAUUUAGAGCAGAAAGUUAAAGAAACGAGAACGUUCCUCGACGACUAUGAAGACAAGCUGAAAAUUAAAGGAAAAGAGCAGGUCAAUAUGACGGUUCACUCAUCAUCAGUAAAGCAGAAGCUCCUGGAAGUCGACACUUUGUUGACCACGGUGAAAGGUCAGCUAGGUUACACAGGUGUUUUGGAGUCACAGUUACGUGAGGCAAACAAACGUCUUGAAGAGACAAACGAGCAAGUCAAGAGAUUAAACGAGGAGAAAAGAAAUUCCCCUCUGCGCGGUAACCUGUCAUUACAACAGCAUAAAGAUAAUCUGUUGCAACCGGACAAUAGUAUAAAAGAAGAGGGCGUAAUAACAACAAGCAUGCUAGGCAUGGCAUCUUCGGACUUGGCCAUUCGAGACAAACAAAACAAGGAUAUUGCCACGGAAGAAGUAUGUAAUUUACAACAAAUGCAAAAUGAAUCAUCUGCUGUAAAGUUGGAAAACGACGAGCUGAAACAAAUAGUGCCAGAGCUCAAGAACAUCCUCAUCAAAGUACGCGCCGAGAACCUUCGCCUGAGGGGUCAAUGCGAGAAACAGGCAAGAGAUAUAACGGCAGUGGGUACGGCCCAUGAAGAGAGGGAACGGGCCUGGAAGGUCCUAGUAGAGGAUCACAACCUUUUAAAGGAAAAGUAUGACAAGAUGAGUGCAGUUAUGGAGAAUAUGGUCAAGGAGAAGGAACAAAACGAAUCGAAGGUACAGCAAUUGUGCAGCCAACUGGAGGAAAUGGAAAGCAGGAAUCUACAUCUUCAACAGCAAACAAAGAACAUUGAAACUGUCAAGUUAAAUCUAUCAACCACAAAAGAACUACAGACCGAUGCAGAUGAAAUACUAGAGACACAUGACCAUUGGCUGACAUAG